AUGCCCCCAAUGACGAAGACCGUCUCUAGAAAUACCCGCCAUAUGCGGCAUAUUUCCUUUCUACACGGAUUCCAGCUCCAGGUGAGGAAACCUAGAACGAACCCCAGAACAAUGUCAAUAUCUGGGACAGGAGCUGUGCGAGCAAUGCGUAAAAUAAGCCGUUGGAUGGAGAGUAGCGUCAAAGAAAAGCAGCGAAAGAUAGGCCAAGCCGGGUGCAUAGGGAGAAGAUCCAUCAUGCAAGAAUUGAAGGAAUCGGGGAGACGACAGAAUGGUGAGGACAUAUCUAAUCUCCACGAGGCUCCGGGAAUGGCGGAUGAGCAGCCUCCAUCCUCUGAUUCGACAGAUCCUGCUUGA